AUGGUAAGCCGACGAGUACACAGAGAUGAUGAUGAUGAUGAUGAUGAUGAUGAUGAUGAAUGUGCUGCAGCAACCCCUCUGCACCAAGCGAGCCUCUUCCCCGACUUGCAUGCAUCCCAGCAGGCUUCAUUGCCGAAUGAGAUAAUAUCCAAGGUUUGCGCGGCUGCGAAAUCAAAGAUUGCGUGGGGGCACGAGAUGGUUGGCUGGUCGGUUGGGGGGGGAAUGGAACGACCCGAGACGAACGGCGGACUGGUUCGCUUCAACACACUUGGACCGACCUCACCUCACUUCUCUCUCUCUCUCUCUCUCUUGCCAGCUCAUCAAUCAUGCAAUAACUCGCGAGCCGCCUCCCCACUUCUAUCAAUAGUUCUAGCCAGAUAUUGCCUUGGGGAAACGGAAGUCAUCCCGCUUGGUACACUCCCGCACACCUUUUCCAUGCCCGAUGAAGCAUUGCAUGGGACGGUCCUACAGUAUCUCUCCUACCCCACGAAAGCCAAGACUAGAAUCCGUUAUUCCCUUCGCUCACCACAACCCCAACCAACCGCGUUGAAAAGAAAGAGAGGGACCACGGACAGAUAUAAGUGGAGAGGAACAAGCACCCGGGAUCAUCCCACCGGCUUCCUCUUCGUCAUGACGCCAGCCACCCAAGAACGAGCAUCUCCCCUCCUUUCACCGUUCCACAACAUGCUACGAUCAUGCAAUCGAGGCACGAAAACCCGCAUCCAAUCUGCAAUCUCCUUUCUGUUGUCCUACCCUCCUUCUAUCCCCUUUCCCUCAUUAUCCCAUUGGUGA